AGUAACUUGUAAAGUUUUUAGAUUUUAAUUACCUUAUUCUGUAAGCGGCCCUACGAUACAAAAAUAAGUCAGCGUCCGUAGAAAGUACUAUUACGAGGAAUAUUUGAACUGUAAAAGAGAAAUUUUAUAUAAACAAUAGGGAAUUUAAUUCGCAAAUUGUCAUUAAUAAAGUCACACUUCAUGGAUAAAGUUAACCUUAAAAACGUUUUGACAGCACAGCAGCAAACAAGAACAGGAGUGUUAAUGUGAAGUGCUAGUGUAACAUAAACACUGAUGUUGAUGUUAGAUAUAAUCGGUGUUAGUCAAAUGUAUUAGAACAUGUUAAUUGAGUAGUUGCGUUGACUAGGGAGAAUUUUUGUUUCUUUAAAUCCGGAAUUAAAAUGGUGUACCACUGGCAGUCUUACAAUGUCAAGCUAUCUGGUGUGGAUGAUAUGGUGCUGCUGUCCAAGAUAUCGGAGGAUGCAAUCGUGGAAAACCUGAGGAAACGCUACAUGGACGACUACAUUUUUACAUGUAUAGGACCAGUGCUGGUGUCGGUCAACCCGUUCAAACAAAUGCCGUACUUCGGCGACAAAGAAAUUGAAAUGUACCAGGGAGCGGCACCGUAUGAGAAUCCACCUCACAUUUAUGCAUUGGCUGACGAGAUGUACCGAAAUAUGAUCAUUGAUGUGGAAAGUCAGUGUGUUAUAAUAAGCGGGGAGUCGGGUGCCGGGAAGACGGUGGCUGCCAAGUACAUCAUGGCGUACGUGGCGAGGGUGUCCGGGGGCGGAGCCCGGGUGCAGCACAUCAAGGACGUCAUCCUCGAGUCCAACCCCUUGCUGGAAGCCUUCGGCAACGCCAAGACCGUGCGCAACAACAACUCCAGCCGAUUUGGGAAGUAUGUGGAAAUUCUUUUUGGCGAUGGUGGCCAGCCUGAAGGGGGUCGCGUGUCAAACUUCCUCCUGGAGAAGUCGAGAGUCACCCUGCAGAACGCCGGGGAAAGAAACUUCCACAUCUUCUACCAGCUCUGUCUGGGUGCCUCUGCCGCCAUGAAAAGUGAUCUGUACCUGAAUCAUUUGGACUACUUCACGUACCUGAGCUACGGCGGGAACCACAAGGUAGACGGCACCAAUGAUGCCCAUGAUUUCCAAGAGACUUUGAGAGCAAUGAGUGUGAUGCGGAUGACAGAGGCAGAGCAAGGUGAUGUGUUGAAGGUCGUUGCUGGAGUCCUGCAUUUGGGCAACAUUGAUUUUGUGGAGAAAGGGAACUACGCAGAAGUGGAAAAUGACUCGUUUGUUGAGAUUCCAGCCUACAUUCUGGAAAUAGACGCCAACUACCUGAACAGCAAGCUGAUCAGUCGCAGGUUCGACAGCAAGUGGGGCUCCCAGUCGGACACGAUCGACGUGACUCUGAACGUCGAACAGGCCGUGUACACGAGGAACGCCCUGGCCAAGGGCUUGUAUGCACGCAUGUUCGACUACCUCGUUCAGAGAGUAAAUAAAGCAAUGGUCACAAAUGUGAACGGUCAAAAUAUUGGAAUCCUUGACAUAUAUGGGUUUGAAAUAUUUGAAAGAAAUGGAUUUGAACAAUUUUGCAUCAACUUUGUUAAUGAGAAAUUGCAGCAGAUAUUUAUUGAGCUCACCUUAAAAGCAGAACAGGAAGAGUAUGUGUCUGAGAACAUAAAGUGGACACCGAUAGAGUACUUCAACAACAAGAUAGUGUGUGACCUGAUAGAGAGCAAGAGGCCGCCGGGACUGUUCUCCAUCAUGGACGACGUGUGUGCCACGAUGCACGCCGUCUCCGACGGAGUGGACCAAGACCUGAAGAAGCAAAUGACGACGACUGCCGGCUCGAACCAGCACUACCAGGAGUGCCAGCAGGGCUUCGUGAUCCACCACUACGCCGGCAUGGUGGCGUACGACGUGGAGGGCUUCUGCGACCGCAACAGGGACCUGCUGUUCCCCGACCUCGUCGAGCUCAUGCAGAGCAGCGCCAAUGCAUUUAUCAGAAGUCUGUUCCCAGAUCAAGUGAGUGCAAACACUAAAUCUCGACCGACGACAUCCGGUAGCAAAAUAAGAUCUCAAGCAAACAAGUUAGUUGAAGAACUAAUAAAGUGUACGCCACAUUACAUCAGGUGCAUCAAGCCGAACGAGACGAAGAAGCCUCGGGACUGGGAGGACCAGCGAGUGAGGCACCAGGUGGAGUACCUCGGGCUCAAGGAGAACAUUCGCGUGCGCAGGGCAGGGUUCGCGUACCGCCGGCCGUUCAGGAAGUUCCUGCACAGGUAUGCCAUCCUGACCAAAGAGACGUGGCCUCGCUGGAACGGGGAUGAGAGGCUCGGCAUAGAGAAAAUCCUGAGCAGCGUCAACCUCGAUAAGAGUCAGUACCAACUGGGGAAAACCAAAGUCUUCAUCAAGGCUCCCGAGUCUUUGUUCAUGCUUGAAGAUCAGCGGGAAAGAAAGUAUAAUUAUUAUGCAAGAGUCAUUCAGAAUGCGUUCAAGAAAUACUUUGCAAGAAGACAACAACAUAAGGAGAAAAUGGAUGCUGCAGACUUGUUGUUCGGGAAGAAACAACGCAGACGCUACUCGUUGAACCGAUGCUUCGUGGGUGACUACAUCGGCAUGGAUCUGCGACCUAUACUGCAGUCGCUGAUUGGUCGGCGAGAGAAGGUGGCGUUUGCUCAGGUGGUCAAGAAGUAUGAUCGGCGCUUCAAGGCUUGUCUGCGCGACCUCGUGCUGACCUCUCGCUCCGUGGUCCUGGUCGGGCGGGAGCAAGUGAAGAAGGGGCUGGAGAGGGGCAAGUACGUGGAAGUGGUGAAGAGGAAGAUCGACUUCGAGAACCUGAACUGGGUUUCGCUGAGCACGCUCAAGGACGACUUUGUCUUCUUGCACACCAAAGACGACUGUGAUAGCUUCUUGGAGGUCACCUUCAAGACUGAGUUCCUCUUGAAGCUGAGCAAGAAGUACAAGGCGCACCUGGGUCGCGACUUGCUGGUCAAGUUCUCAAACAGCGUGGACUUCCGCGUGAAGAAGCUGGGCUGGGCGGGCGGCGGCUCCCGCCAGGUGAAGUUCCUGCCGGGCCCGGAUGGCGAGCUGGCCACGCUCAAGUCCUCCGGCAAGACGCUGACCGUCGCCGUCGGCCCGGGCCUGCCCAGCAACUCCAAGCCAUCGAGGAAACGAGAAGCCUCCCCAGGUGCGAGGGUCCACCAGCGCGCUGCCCCGGCGAGGCCGGCGCCGUCGUUCCCGGCGCCCAGGGCUCCCGGGGGCGUGGUGGUGCGGCCGCACGCCCGGGCCCCGCCCCCGCCCAGCGAGCCGGCCCCGCCCAACCAGCCCAAGCUCCCGCCCGGAGUCCGUCUGCCGGCGCUCGCUGUGGCCCGUCGCCCGGCCAUGCCGGUGCCGUCUGCGUCCCCCAGCUACGGAGUGGUGUCGCAGCAGCGCCAGCAGAAGACAGCGCUCAGGCAUGACGACAGCUUCCUGAGGACACCCGAGCCGGGCGUCGCCGGCGAGAAGCGGGCCAGCCUGACCCGAGACGUGGUCAAGCCGCUGCCCGGCGGGGGCAAGCCCAGGCCGGCCAUGAAGCCCAGGCCCGAGCUGCCCAGGUGCAAGGCCAUGUACGACUACACAGCUCAGGACCUGGACGAGCUGUCUUUCAGGGACGGGGAUGUCAUCGAGGUCGUUAAGGAACACGAGAGUGGCUGGUGGACCGGGCGCCUGAACGGCAAGGAGGGGCUCAUGCCAGCCAACUACGUGCAGAAACUGUGAUGCGCGACCUGCCC